AUGGCUUCUUCCGUUGCGUUGGUGGAGACUCAGGAAGGUGAUGUUGCAAAGGCGGCCGACAAAGCCUCUUGCGUCAAGUGCGGCUGCCCGACUGACGACUUCGACAGUCACUCGUUACAGUGCCGUCAGUGCUGGAACGUGCACCAGAUCCUCUAUCGACAUCUUGGUGGAGCACCGUCCACUUUGCAAUCGCUGCAGCCUGAUGAGCAAAAGAAGUUCUUCAAGGACGUGGGAAGCAAGAUGAAGAUCACCCCGAAGAACGGCAGGUGGGCACUUGUUAGAGCUGCCAUGGUCAAGAGCAUCACACAUUACAGGAAGGAAGAACGUGUCAACAGCGUCAAACGCAAAUUUUUGCCGUUGUCAGUGCUUGAGAAAAAGGGAUACGAUGUGGAUGCUAUCAAGGCUCAUGGAGACCGUCGCGAGGACGAGGUCUUUGGCGAGGUGUUUGCGGCACCCAUUCUGACUAUUUCCAAUGAUGAGAUUCAAGGAGAAGUUGAGCAAGAACUAGCGCAGAAGGAAUGGGCACUCAAGAGCAAGAAGAAAGGUGAAAGGACACAGAAGCCUGUAGCCAAUGGGGCCUCCGAUCAGGCCAUUCCUGUGGAGGACGAGGUCUGGGAAGUGCCGUCCGAUGAUGAGCCAGCCCGCGAGCCUGCUUCCAAAGCCCCUAAGAAAGGAGUCGACAAGGAGGAACAGCAGGCGGCUAAGGAGGCAGCGAAGCAGGUGAAGUUGCGGGAGAACGCGUGGCACAGGGAGACCGCCAAGGCCGCAAAGGUGAUUGGACCCUUGAAUACCGUGAUCAAAGCCUUGACAAGCGCGCAGCUUCGGACUAGCAAGAAUGAGGAGCUCUUUGAUACCAAAUUGUUGGAAGGCAUCACUGAGGCCUUGACGAAGUUGACUCAGUUCAAAACUCGUGCCACUGCUUUGAUCAGCGCCUCUGCGCUGCAGAAACUGGCAGAGAUGCCUCAGACAUUCGAGAAUGUGGCCGACGUGCAAGCGAACGUCAAAGCAGCGCAGCAGGUUCUGACCGAUGUGCGCAAGGUCUUCGCUGAGAAAGCUGAAGCCGCCAAGGCGGCCAAGGGAGAGGGUGCUCCCAAAGCGAAAGCUGGUGCGAAGAGUCUCAGUGUCAAGGGAGCUUCGGAGCGGGCUAUGAACGAACUCUGGAAUCUUCGGCAAGAUGAUGAAGGAAAAAAACUGACUCACAGUCAGUUUGGCCGCGUGGUCCAUGACAACUUGGAACCGUGGUUAGCUACUGCGAAGCACGUUCAGUUUGAUCGUCUGGAUGGAGGGAAGGUGACCUUACCCAUUACACGAUUGCGGCCUUGCUUGGAAAAGAUGACCGCCGAGUCUAAUGUGUCGGAAGAGUUUGAGCGAGGCUUUAUGUUGUCUGGAGGAUUGCAGUUUAAGCAAUCCUUAAAGGCCUUCUACCUUGCUGACAUGGAUGCCAUCAGAGGCACAUAUUCCAUCAAAGGAUCUGCAGGUUUACGACCAUGCAUCCAUUGUGAUACUCUCAAAAAGGAUUCUGGGCUUCUGGAGCACGAGGCAUCCUACGUCGACAUCAGC